GCUGCCUUAUCAUCAGGAGUGCGCGGAAAGAAAUCUGUUGUUCCUACUACAUCAACUCUUUCAUGUUUGGAUCAUGAUGUAGGCCAAAAGGGCUCUAUCACACCAUCAGUGUGUCUGAAUGUAGAGAUACCUGAAACACCAGACGGUUCUUUCUACAGAGGCCAAGUAACUGUUAUUUUCAAAGAUAGCAUUUUUGAGCCAAGCUCACCCUUUAGGCAUGCUGUUGAACUUCAGAAUAUCCUAGCACAGGAAGGUACCUUCAAACCAGUCUUGAUGUUGUUCACAGAUGGUGGUCCUGAUCACAGAGUCACAUAUCAUGCAGUGAAACUUUCACUCAUCAUUCUCUUUCGGCGUCUUGGCUUGGACAUGAUAGUUGCUGGUCGAACAGCCCCAGGGCACAGUUGGGCAAAUCCUGCAGAAAGAAUCAUGAGUUUACUUAAUCUUGCAUUUCAGAAUGCAGCUCUAACGAGGAAUGAAUGUACUAGUGCUGUGGAACAGGCACUGAGGAGUUGCAAUUCAAUGGAAGACAUCCGGAAAAAGAGUCGGACUGUACCAGGACUUGAAGAUGCUUGGGUUGCAUCACUCCAAGAGAUGGAAAAAAUGCUUCAGGAGAGAGUUGAGCGGAUCCAGUUGAAAGGUCAAAACUUUAAAUGUCUCAGUGCAGCUACAAAAGAUGCAAUCAAUGAAUUUGAGGAUGAUAUCCAGAACAUUGAUCCAGAACUUGUUAAGGGACAAUAUCAGCAAGUGAAUGUGAACAAAAGGCAGAAAUAUCAGGACUUUUUGAAGACUCACUGUCUAGAGCGCACAUACACUUUUCAGGUCAGAAAAUGUAAUGAUGCGACAUGUUGUGUUCCGCCAGUUAUUCAGUUUCCUUGGCUGCCUGACCCAGAAAUUGCCUCGGAUGGUCAGCACUUCAAGCCCUUUGAUGAAGUACUUGGCUUUCCUACGACUGAAAAAGACCGUCCAUCUUCUCAAAGGCAAACCCUGACUGCUAUUGCGGAAGAUCAACAGGGCUGCAAGAAUUCAGUACUUGUUGGUCAGAAUGUCCGGCAGACGGUUCACUGCCAUGAAUGUGGGAAACCACGCUGUGUCUACUCAAAAUCCUCUUUCACAAGUCGUGAUACCAGGUCCUUCAAGCGACUGAUCGAGUCUCAUGACUACACUUGUGGGUCCAUCUUGACCCCUGAUGGUCACAUACUUCAAGGCAAGGCAUUUGUCAGACUUCAGAUGUGCUGUACCACUCCAAUCGAGUUUGCAUAUUUUGCAUCAUCGUCCAUCGUCCGCAAGGAUAUAUGUUGUCAUUGUGGGAGUUUUGGGGCAGAACGAGACAAGGAUCUCAUGCAGAACUAUCGCGUUGUAUUACCUGUUUGCAUUAAUUGCAAGCACCUUGGAUCUCCAAAGAGGAAUCCUAUUCGGAAAUGAAUAUGUUAACUAGUGUGUUAAUCUUAACUAUAAAACAGUACACUUU